GUUUGAUACUUUCAUCGUGUCGUGUUUUUAAAGUAUUUUUUUUUAAUUGUAUGAAAUGAAAGGCAAAAGUGAAUAUAAAGGUCAUACGUGUAUGCAGUGGAUUGUGACUUUAAUUGCGAAUAUAUCGACGUUCGUGUAUGGAAUGGAAGUUGGAUGGAUGUCCCCAACAACCAAAAUAUUACAAUCUAAAUCCUCGCCUCUAGGCUAUGCUUUGUCAGAUACCGCCCUUUCCCUGGUUGCCAGUAGCACAUGUUUUGCCGGUGCAUUUGGAGUCACUAUAUUUUCAUAUAGUACUGAUAAAUUUGGCAGGAAACUUACAGUUAUUGCAAUUACUAUACCACAAUUUAUUUCGAUUAUACUUCGAAUAAUUUCGCCAACAUUGACAGCCCUUUUAAUUGCUAGAAUAUUGGCCGGUCUUGUGGCUGGUGGAUGUUUUAUCGUGGUCCCAAUUUAUGUCAAAGAAAUAAGUCAAAAGAAUAACAGUGGCAUAUUAGUAUCGUUACAAGUAUUGUUACAAAAUGUUGGUUUAUUCAUUAUGUUUUUAAUGGGAAUUUAUGUGAAUUAUUACAACAUUCUAUUGAUCACAUCAAUUUUUCCUAUUCUUUCGUUAAUAUUAUUUUGGUAUAUUGCUCCGGAGUCUCCCGCAUAUCUAGUGAAACAAAAGAAGAUCGAUGAAGCUUAUAAAGCUGUAGCACUUCUUAGGGGUUUGAAACGUGAUGAUAAAAAUGUUGAAAAUGAAAUAACAAUUUUGAAACACAGCGAAGAAGAGCAAAAGUUAUUGCCGAACAUGACACUAAAAGACAUACUGAGUGACAAAGCUUGGCGUAAUGGAGUCAUACUGGCUUUAAUAUUGUUCACAGCACAAGCGCUAAAUGGAGCAUUUGCUAUUAUAACAUAUGCAUCGCCCAUUUUGUCUGCGACUGGUGUUGAAUUUGACGUAGCUCCGGAAUUUCAAACGCUAAGUCUCCCUGUUGUUAUGAUUUUAGCAUCUUUUCUAUUAACAUUUAUUAUUGAGAGGCUUGGAAGAAAGGUUAUCCUGAGUGUUUCGUUUUUGAUAUCAGCUGUAGCAUUGACAUCUUUAUCAAUUUCAAUAUUUGUAAGAAAUUUCGGUGGAAGAGUUUUAAGUUUUCUACCCGUAGUUGCCAUGAUGCUUUCUGUCGCUAUGUAUUCUGGCUGUAUCUGUUCUGUUUCAUACCUAGUUACUACAGAAUUAUUUAACUUUCAGGUUCGGGGAAAACUAAUGGGAAUUGUACUAUCGUACGCAUUUAUGGUAUUCUUUAUACCUCUUGCAGUUUAUUCACCAAUAACAAAUAUGUUUGGCCAGCAUAUAACUUUUCUUUUUUUCGGGAUGAUGAAUAUCAUUGGUGCAUUUUUUUCCUUUUUCUGUCUCCCAGAAACAAAAGGAAGAAGCGAUGAAGAAAUUCGAAAUAUAUUAUGGAAUCGAAAAAAAGAAAAUUCCUACUAAAGGAUUGAAACUCACGAAAUCGUAACCUCUUAAGGGACCCAUUAAGAUUGGCUUUGAGAUUGCGAACGUUAUGCUAUGGGUUAAUGCUAUUAAGUCUAAGUUAUUGCCUAAGCUGAAAAUUGACGAUGACAGCUGGUGUGAGAAAUCAAGGAUAUAUUGGUUGUUGUAGUUACAACUAAGAACUUUAUACAGUUUGGUGCAGUAAUAGUAUUCUGAACGGAGACGAAAAAUUUAUUAGUCCCCAAAUUUGACUGAACAAAUAAAUAAGAUUGAAAGGAUAAUUAAAAGGAUAUAAAUUCAUAUCAAACAGUAUGAGCAAUUUUAAUUGUGCUUACUGUUAAAUUAAUAUAAAAGAUUGGGUUUCAUGUUUGUUGUAUGUUUUUUAUGGAAUAGAAAACGAGCGUACGGGUCACCUGGUGUUGAUCACCGCCGCCCACAUUCUCUUGCAACACCAGAGGCCGAAGACCGUUCCCGGCCUUUAAGGAAGGUGUACGCACUUUUAUUGAAGGUACCCAUGUCGUAUCGUCCCGGAAACACCACACAGGGAAGCUCAUUCCACAGCUUUGUAGUACGAGGAAGAAAGCUCCUUGAAAACCUUCUUACCUUUCGUGAAUCUAUAUAUAAUACCUGGUUCAAAUUAUUCACUGUAUUAUCUUUAUCGUUCAUUAUUGUGGUAUAUUUAACUAAGUUUGAGUAACUAAUUUAAAAUUUACUGCUUUCCUGUUCACAGAAAGAUUUGACAAUUAUUAUACAAUUGAAUAUUAUGUUCAAUACCCAAUGACGUUCUAUACAUAGAACGUCAUUGUCAAUACCAAAAUACCACCCCAAAACUAAAUAUAGUUUGAACUCAAGAAGGACUUUUAGAAACCAAAUUUUAAAAAUGUGAUAUUUUUAUUUAUUUGUUAUAAUUAUCGGAAAUGUACAAAUAAAGUAAACAUCUUUAAAA